AUGUCCCAAACCUUCGGCCUCGUCCCCGCCGGCCAACCCGUCAUAACCACCCCAACAAAAAUUCUGUCUGACACCUCCUUCAUCUACUCCAUCCCCCCCUCCCCCAACACAAAACCCUUCUCCCACAUCGUCGUCUUCCUCCUGCCGGGUAUAACCCUCCCCCCCGCCCACGCAGCAGCAAUCCACCUCCUCACUCCCUCCACGGACCCCAAUUCCGGUCAAGAAUUCGACAUUGCCUUCCUCGGCGCCCUAGGCCACGGGAAACCCUCUGCAAUCUUCAAACUCAGCAACGAUACGUCCAAGGGGGUGGCAAUAGGGAUAAGCGUCGAGCCAGAGGCGGCCGUCGGGUUGAAGAUGCAGGAGUUGGCCGAGAAGCAGUCCAAAGCUUUGGUUCCAACAGCAGCAGGGACGGGGAGUAAUGGUGGGGGACAAACGUUGCAGCUGGCUCAGAGGAUAAUAAACAAUGCGUUUAACUUUUUGAGCAGUUACUCGGGCAGGAUGCACAACGGGGAGGAGGUGGUGCCGAUCAAGGCAUUUGAGCAGUGGUGGAGGAAGUUUGAGGGGAGGGUGAGGGCUGAUCCGGCUUUUCUUGAGAGGGAUGUUUAG